GAUCCUCAAUAGAAUACUAUUUACUAGCUAAUAUCACACACCAGCAAGAUGGGCAAGGGCUUCAAUAACUACAUGUGUAAGAAAUUCUUCCACCCCGCCUCCAGGGACAAUCUAAAAAGGGUGUGGAUGGCGGAGCAGCAGGCUGAGGCGUACAAAAAGAAGCAGGAGGAGCUGCGCAACCAGUACGAAAAGGAGCAGAAUCUGCACGAGAACAAGGCGAUGCUCAGCAAGGACAGCAAGGACAAGUUGAGCGUGAAUUUCAUGUACGAGCCGCCGCCGGGAGUGCGAAAGGAGCGCGAGAAGGACGACAACGAGCCGGAGUACAAGUUCGAGUGGCAGCGAAAGUACAACGCUCCCAGGGAGUCGUACUGCAAGGGCGACACCGAGAUUCGGGACCAGCCCUUCGGCAUUCAGGUGCGCAACGUUCGCUGCCUCAAGUGCCACAAGUGGGGCCACAUCAACACGGACAAGGAGUGCACCAUGUACAGCAUUUCGAUGAGCGAGGCACGCAAGCUGCACGCGGAAACCGAGGCCAGCGACAUCAUGGCCAAGAACGUGCUGGAGGAGCAGAUGAAGGAGGAUGGCCUGAUGAUGAAACGAUCCGCACUGGAGCUGCAGAGCAUCAAGACCAUCCAACAGCAGCACCAGCUGGUGCCCAGCGACGGCGAGGAGGAGGCCAACGCCAAUCGGCAGAACCCUGAACUCGUCUUUCUGAAGUCAUUGUCCAAGAAACAAAAGCUGAAGCUGCUCAAGAAGCUGGAGAAGAUUGAACGAAUGAAGCGCAAGGGCGAGAAACCAUCCAAGAAAAAAUCCAAAAAGGAAAAGGAGGACAAAGACAGCAAGAAAAGGAAGUCUAAGAAAGAUAAAUCAGGCAGAAAGGAAAAGAAAUCUUCAGUAAGCGACAGUUCAGACGAUAGUUCUUCCUCGGAUAGCAGCGAUUCCGAGGACAAUUACAAAAGUAAUCACAGAGACGACAAAAGAAGUGGUCAUCAUGGGUCCAAGGACUCGGAGCACAGACAUCAGCGACGAAGGGAGGAAAAUAGACAUCGCAGGGAUCGAUCCCGCUCGCGAUCCGUCAGCAGGGAAAGGAGGCGGGAAAGGGAGUACUCCAGGCGAUAGUAUUAUCUUUGUAAAACCCACCAAUACAUUUUUAACAUUUUUAUCAUAAGGUUUUCAUGACUCUUUGUUUAAAUUAUACAGUCUUAUAAACUGAAA